CAGAGGGAGGGAUACAGGAGGCUGAUAAAGAAACGCAGUGAGAGCAGCAGAUAGUGCACGACCACAAACGGAGAUAAAGCGCUGGAUAUAAAUGCUCAGUCUACAAGCUCUGGAAUAAUAACUGCACCAAGUGACAGAAGGAUACAGAAAUAGGUGGGGGAAGAUUUACAGAGAAGAUGGAUGUACAGACAGAAAACACGGACCCCCCGCCUAAUGAAUCGCAGCCGUCUGGAAAAAUCAGAAAAGGAUUCAAACUGUUUGGAAAACGUAAACCAGGUAGCAUUUUUUCCAUCAGAAACAAAGGAGACGGACACAACAAGUCACCUGUUAUCAGGAGUAAAACCUCAGAGGGACUAUAUGAGGCUCCCGCUCAAGGUUCAGAGCAGGAGCAAGAGAAGGAAAAUGGAAAAGACGUGAAACCAGAAGAUGGGGAGCAACCAGAGGAGGAGGCGCUCGGUGAGGAUGGCGUUCUGGCUACUGCCCCUGCUCGCACCUCCAUCUCUUCAGCCAGCUCGGCCAAGUCCCUGGGUUUCCUCUCGCUGCUGAGGGGUGGGAAAAGAGGAGUGGGGGACCGAAGAGUGCACACAGUGUCGCAGCCUGUGGCUCGGCAACGUCGUGGCCUGAAGGGCCUCUUCAGCAAUGUUAAGCUCCGGUCGAAGGAUAAGGAGGACAAAGAGGAAGCCCCUCCGAGCCCACUUCUCCAGUCAUCUCGCACUAACAGCGUGGAAAUCAUAAAAGAGGACAUGACACUCACACCUAAAUGCCAGCCUCGUGCUCUGGAGAGCCCUGAAACCGAGAGCACAGGACCUGUCCAGAGCUCAGCAACUCCAAACAGUUCAGCCAUGACCCCGUCAAAGACCUCGGCUACCCAGGCGACAUCUGCCGAGAACGUGAGUACGACAUACGAGCACGUGUCCCCAUUGCUUACCCCCGAACCUCCACUGCUACCUGGUGACAACAGCCUGAGCUCACUGCUGGCAGAUAUCUCCUCUCUCCUGACCUUUGACUCAAUCUCAGGGGGUGGAGACAUCAUGGCUGAUGUGGAAGCAGAGUGGGGUAAAGUUAGCAGUGCCAUCAGUGCUGACAUCCCUCCAACAUCUACAUCUCCUUUCUUCAAAUCUACCCUCUCCUCCUCUCCUACUACCUCCUCAACAGUCAGCAGUGCGGCUACUGUAAAAGCCUCCUCCGCAGUCGUCUCUUCUUCAUCUUUGAGCUCUCACUCGGUCGAAUUGAGUUCUGACUGUACUCCUGCCAGCGCGCAAGGUAAACAAUCUCCUGCUCCCACUUCAACAAAAUCCUCAACUGUUCCCUCAACAUCCGUGACAUCUUCCGCUUCCGGGACGAUUCAGUCCACAAUGAGCUCCAUCUCUACCACAACCGCACCUCCUCCAUAUGCAUCGGCCCCUGUGGGCAAAGCUUCUUCAUUCAGUCCAAGUUUGACCAGUACAGCUGAUAAACAGGCUCCAGAGUUUAUGCGGGCUCCUCAAAAUUCUGCAUCUGUAAGUAAACUUGAUUGUGUGUCUGUAUCACCUAAACCUGUCCCAGUACCUCACAGUCCUCCCAUCUCUGUCACCCAACCUCCCUCCAGUAGUAGUUUUAAUGAGGACAAGUCCACUUUUUUCAAACCCUCUCAAACUUCAGUGGUGGGAACAUCCAUUGUCUCCCUCUCAUCAUCGGCAACCUGUACGAUUGCAACUACAUCCUCAUCUUCUGCACCAAUCCUUUCCUCAAAGAUCACAUCCGCCUCUACAUUAGCCACAACUUCUGGCUCGACAUCCAAGUCCACCCUGACCCCUAACCAUCUGGACCUUAAUAAAACAGUUUCUGAUCCUGGCCCUUAUUCAACCUUCACCGCUACAAUUAAAACCCAACCCAGCUCUGCGUCUGUCCCAGCUCCAUCUUCAGCUUCAUUAGGCAAAAUUCCUCCCACAACCAAAGCCUCCAUAACAUCAGUUUCUUUAGAUAAGAUGCUCCCAGCUCAGCCUGCAACAGCAGCUGCUCCCACUCAUGUUGCUUCAUUAUCAUCACUGACUCCAUCUGCUGUGGAUCAGAUGAAAGUUUCUCCUGCUGUUACAUCAAUUCCUGUGUCAAAAGAACUUUCUGCUCCAACUCACAUUGAAACUUCUCAGCCUAAAGUUUGCUCUGCUCCUCCUAAAGUCCCAGUUUCUGUAUCUAAGGAUCCAUCUGGUCUAGCUAAACCGCAGGACUCUUUAGUUAAAGUUCCUGCUGCGAGCCCAGUUUCUGUAUCUAAAGAUCUGUCUGCUCAUGUGAAUAUGCAGGAGUCUUUGUCUAAAGUUGCUACGUCCUCUGAUGAAAUCCCAGUUUUUGUAUCUAAAACUCCUCCUGCACCUGCCACGUCCAAAUUUUCUGGAUCUCAAACCCCUGUGGUAUUAUCUGUAAACGCCCCCCAUCCUCAAUCUUUCCCUGUUUCUCCACCGACAGCCACACCCGCCCCUGUUUCCCAGCCUAAAACUCCUGAGCUCAAACUUGCUUCUUGUCCUCCUCCCCCUGUGUUGUGUCAGAUAGAUACGCCAUCCUCUGCUAAGGUUAGGGGUUCUCUGCAGGCAUCGACAGACAGUCUGGACGGAGCAGGGGGACAGAGGAGCCAAGGUGUGCCGUCAAAAACAAAAGAACAACACCACGAGCUUCCCCCCAAAGAGAAGAAGACACCACAGUCAAAAGCAAUGGGUCUCAGCAAAAUACCUGUGGUUGGUGGAGGAAAAGUCAGCAGGCAGCCUGUGCGGGAAAACCAGCAUGACGAACCAAGCAAGGACCUCACUUCUCCUGUGCUAGAAGAGAAACCCUAUUUCAACUCACAUAAUGCAGGGGGAAAAGAUAAAAUCAGCUCACCGGAGGCAAUUGGACUAAUCUCAAAACAGCUCCAGGAGGAGCAUCAGGAGCCUCAACAAGCAAAGGUUCCUACAAGUUCAGCGCGUGACUCAAAAAUCCCUCUGAAGCAUGGCAGCGGGUCUCACACUGCAUCACAGGUCUCUCAGGCCAAAGAGCCCCCUCGUACAAAGAUCCCUGUGUCCAAGGUGCCCGUCCGCAGGGCAGGUAAUAAACCUGCCACUAUAGGAAGUGGAAGGAAUAAAUAAAUACACCGGACGGAAACGAUUAAUAAUGUAAAUCAUGACUUUUAACCCGCAUUUCAAUACUGUAACUCUUUCUUUACUUUAACACACCAAGAAGAAUCAAAGAAAUGGGUCAGACAGCAGUCAAGCACAAACAAUCAUCUCCAUGGGGAGCUGGAGCAACAAUCUGGAUCUUUGGUGCUGAGCUGGUCGGACACUCGCUCAAUGGUCACACCUGAACACCUGGCUGAGGAACAGCCAGAGGAAAGGACAUCUGGGGGUCACAGACACACAAACAGGGCAGGUGCCUUCUCAAAGGUGCUUUUCCUACAGACUCAGAUUUUCUUCAGUCUUUUCUACACUGCUUUUAACUUUUGUUACUCCCACUUUUUGUAGGAACCUUCUGUACGUUUAUUGUUUUUGACUCUCCUUCCAGCUACCAGCCCCUUCUACUUUUUUUUUCUUUUUUUUUAAUUACUUUUCGUUAGAUCAGCAUAAAAUGAUUGCAACAACGAAACUCACAUUCCACAUCUCUUUACAGAUUGAUGUAGCAAAACAUGUGCCAUUAUUUUUGCACAAGACAUUGGACUGUACAGCCCUGCUUGCUCAUUUGUAACAUUAUAAGAUCUUACUGGGAACUGAUGUUGUGGUCGUGAGCGGAAAUCGCUCUUUCCAGAGAAACGGACAUUAUGAGGCCAUUAUGAAUGGCGACGUGGACGUUUGAGACAGAGGGAGUGGUGAGAUGAGAUCUCCAGCUCAUACAUUGGCACAUGUCCGCUUUAAACUCAGUUAUUCUCAGAUGAGAACAAUAUCUCUGUGUAGAGAAGCAUCUGUGUUGUUCUGUUUUUAUUUAAUCAAUAAAACAAUAUGAGUGAUC